AUGUUAAAUAUUAUUGCGUGUGUUGUGUUGCUCUCAAGUGUAUCUGGAGGCGCUGAAUGCAGGGCUGCAAGCGACCAGACCAAGCAGAACUGUGAGCAAAAUGGCUACGAACAGUAUGACACGGGUUGCUACAAGCUACACGACAGAUUAGUUACAUGGGAUGCUGCGAAAGCCUCGUGUGCCGCAGAAGGGGCUUUCUUAGUGAUUAUCAAUGACAAGACCGAAGCAGAAAUCGUGUCUGAUAUUACUAAGGAUUCUUCCUAUAGUUAUGACUGGGUUGGACUCCGAGAUGAAAGUGGAAAUGGUGACUGGCACAGUGUUCGUGGCGAUCGUAUAAAUAACUUAUACAAUAUAUGGGUCGAAUCUGACCCUCAAAAAUAUAAGUGUGGCGCUCUGAAAUACUCGGGCAAGUUGGAUGACGUUCCUUGUACCAAUGAGUAUUCCUUCGUCUGUGAAAAAUAG